AAUGUUCCUAGCGUAGAUGGUAGAUUUACCACAAGCAUGCGCAUUGUGGAGGCGAUUAGCCUGCCUGUAAUGCAUUGUUGUUGAGAAUUGGUAUUGCCUGUGUAUUUUGUCGGAUUAAAUUCAUUUUCCACGGAGAGUGUUAACGAAAUUAAUAUGGAUGAUUUGUAAUGAAUGUCGCUGAUUCCGUUCCAUCCCCGAUUGACAACAUGCUAGCUUGGCGGAAUUAACUAUACGGACUAUUACGAUAGUAGUGCAAGUGUAUGUACAUUUCGUCAUGGAGUGGUGAUAUGACUGUCUAAAAGUUUUUGUUGAUCGAAUUUUGGAUACCCGAGGAACAUCCGAUCCCGAAAUUGGUAGACCAGGAUGUCUACAAGCAGGCAUAUUCCGGCGGAUAAGAUUAAUCUGCGACUGAUACUAGUCAGCGGAAAGACAAAAGAGUUCCUCUUCAGUCCAAGCGACUCCGCUGGGGACAUCGCUCAACAUGUAUUCGACAAUUGGCCAGACGACUGGCUUCAGGAAGCGGUUUCAAAGGCGGAGAUACUUAGACUUAUUUAUCAAGGCCGAUUCUUACACAGCAAUGUGACUUUGGGGGCGCUCGGACUACCGUUCGGGAAGACGACAGUGAUGCACUUGGUGCCCAGGGAAAAUCUUCCCGAACCCAAUUCUCAAGACCAGAGGCAAAAGAGCAAAGGGGGGAACAGUAGUUGUUGUUCGGCGUCCUGCUGCAUUUUGUAAUUCGCACCCGCCCCCGUUCACAACCACUUCGCUACCGACAUAAUAUUUUAACUAAAAAGAAUUUUAUAUAGACUCGAAAUACAUCAUUAGAGAAAUCUUAAGUGUGGGAAUGAGCGUUCUAGGUGUCUGUCGUUUUAAUUAUUUUAACUUAUAGAAUUUUUGUCCUGUGCGAGAAACUUGCAAGCUUGGAGUUGUCAUGUAAAACUGCCCGUCGAAAGUUCGAACGUUUGUAGGUAUGUAUGUUUGUGUGCGUGUAGAGAUGCCAGUGAGCGAGACUUGCAAGUUUGAAGUUGUGAUAUACCGGUGUAGAGAGAGCAGCGCAUCGUUACUCAUUGUGCCAGAUUGUGUAUGCGUGAUAGAGUUGUUCUCAAGAUAUAUAGUUUUUUUUUUUCGUUAAUUUUUAUUGUAUAUUUACGCGAAGGUUAUGUAUAUUGUUUUAUAUAUUUAGGAAAUAUCUCGCCCGCGCAUUGUUCGUCGCCCGCCCGCACAGUCCUGCCCCACACGCCCCGCCAUCCCCCACCCAAAUAAAAUGAAACUUGUGUAAAUUAUAGCCUAACGUAAGUUAACCUUAAAAUUUUAAAAAAAUAUGUCACUCUGUGUAUUAUACUAGGUGGUAAUUGAAAUAUUAAUGUACUGAAACAAAUGUUUUUUCGUCUAGCAAAUAUUUUAGUGUCGUUACAUACCGUUCGGUUGGCGAUUGCAAGUAGGCGGUUUUUUAUUCUUUUGUUUUUCACGUCAGCCUUAUCGACAAACUUUUAAAACGCUGACACCACCCAAAUCUUCCUAUAAGACUUUAAGGUUUAAAAUUAGAUAGCGAACAUGUGGGAAUAUUCGAAGUAGAUCACUGGAAAUUGAAUUCUGGAUUAUGUUUAAAUUAAAUAUUCAAUAGUAAUUACUUAUUGUACCACGUGGGCUGACGUAGUAUCUAUGCGUUCAGUAUUGUCGGUUAUGUUCUUGUACACACGCGUUGAGAAAUUAUUUUUGUAUUAUUUUGUAGAAUAUAGUAUAGCAAUAUUAUUCAGGUGGUGUCUAUAAUGUAUAUAUAUUAUAUCACUGUUUAUCUACCUAGCUUAAGCAUAGCAAAAGAAUUUAAGCGAAGCAACUGACAUGCGCAGAUUUUUAAAGUUAUCUGAAAAGAAAAAAGAUUGUUUAUUGAGAAAACUUACGAUUCAAUUGAUAUAUACGUUUUCGUCCGGUUUUAUGAUAUUAGGCGCGGGUCGAUUAAAUUACGGAAAAUUUUUAUAUUGUAGACUAAUGAUUUAUCCGACCCUGGUAAAUGGAAAUGCCCUUUCAGUCGGCAAAAUUAGUAAAGUUACGUUUGAUGUUCGAUAAUUUCGUUGGGCUAAACGUCAUAUCAAUUCUGUUUCGUUUUCUUCAUUUUCCUAGUGCAAAAUCUUAAAAUUUCAAUCCGCAUCGGCGACAUGAUAUCCCUGACGAUGGUUAGCAGGAAACUUUGUCAAUACCAAAGACGUACGUUAAAACCGCAGUGUACACCAUCAGCUAGCAGGUUGGCCAACCCCCGUUUGAUUAUUGUUUGUUUAAAAUUACUGAAUAGAAAUAAACCCAAAUUUAGAAGAAACCAGUAACUUUUGGCGUCCGUUAUCCUUUUUCAACCCGGGAAAUUUGUGUUUUGAGUAACACAGUGAUUUUUUCUGUUUAGUUAUGUAUGACUUAAAUAUGUGGCCGCCCUGCGAUUCUGGCAAUCAACUUGAAUUUGAGAAUCGUUAAACAGUUAAAGUGUUUAUCUAAUAUUUAGGUUGUGGGGUUCUCGAUGCCGUUAUACUUCCUCCUUAUAACUAAUCCCUGCAGUCACUGGUUCUUCUGUUGAUAUUUGUGAUACUUGGAUUGGAGAUAUGACGUCAAUGUUUAGUUGGUCAGUUUGACUUCCCUCGGCAUUCUAUCCUAAUCUUAACCCUUCGAGCAACGAUACUCAUAGAACAAAGUCACGUUAUUGAUGCAAACGCGUUAUUUUACCGAAUAAAACUUUAGAAAUAUAGAGGGUGUUCGUGCAUCGUCCUGGACUCUUUGAUGUGUUCGACAUCGAACGCACCCUGUAUAUUGAAGCUUUUAUUUCUCAAACUAUAACCGCUAGUCUUUAAUUAAAAAUCCACCGCUCCCGAGUAGUGGGAAGACUAAGAAAUAAGUAUGUGUCAACGUUAGGUUUAAAUAUGAAUGUAAAUAUAAAAAACCCAACAUGCUCGAUUUUACUGUACUGAUUUUUUUUGUUUUAUAUUGUUCAAUCAUAAUGUU